AUGCAAGCCGAUGAUUUGAUCUGGAUUCAAUGCCAACAUGGAUUUUGUUCAUUUAAGACUAAGGCUUGUACUGGUAAUUUCUGCCGUAAUCGUAAUAAUGUGAUGGGUGAAUGUCGUAGAUUAUAUUGUCCAUUGGCAAAUAGUGUAUAUGCUACUAUUAGAGAGUUUGGUGGAAACGUGUACUUAUUUACUAAGAGUAUUGAAAGAGCACAUACACCUGCUAAAUUGUGGAAUAAAUUGUUAUUAGAUAAAGAUUAUAUGAAAGCAUUACAACAAGUUACUGACACACUAACCGACGAAUAUAAUCCAAAGUUAGUUCAUAGAGUAAAACAAAGACUUACAAAGGUCUAUCAAUACCUUGAGAGAGAACGUAAAUUAACACAAUCUAAAGAUAGAAUGAUGGAAAGAGUUAAUAUUAGAGAAGAAAGAAGAGAUAUCACAAGAGCUGAAAAAGCUGAACGAAUGGCCAAACUUGAUUUUGUAAUUAAAGACCAAUUAUUACAAAGAAUGAAGGAUGGUGUUUAUGAUGAUUUAUAUGAAAAUCUUCAAGAAUUAGAACAAAACCCACAACAAGUUGAAUUAAAUGAAGAAGAAAUAGAAAAAGAAUUAGAGAAUGAAUUAGUUCAAUAUGAAGAAGAUAUGUCAGAAGAUGUUGAAGAUUGGGCAGAACGAUAUAAACAAAAUAAAACUUCUGAUGAAAAAUUGGAAUAUCCACAAAUCAAAAAAGGACCUAAAGUUAAUAUUGAAUUCGAAGAAGAACCUGCUGAUGAGAAUAUCGAACAUAAUGAAAAUUGA